CUCUCCCGGCCGCCCAACAGCCGCAGAUGCCGCUUCCCCGGCGGCCGGGACGGCCGGCACCUGCCCGGCUCUGAGCCGUGCCAUGUUCUCCGUGCAGGAGGCGCUGCCCCGGGGGGGGCUGCCCAUGAAGGAAGAGCCGCUGACGGCCGGGCUGCCCUCCGUCAGGUGGCUGCAGGGUGGCGUUCUGGACGCCGGCACGGCGGCACAGAGUGGGGUCGGCCUGGCCAGGGCGCACUUUGAGAAGCAGCCGCCCUCCAACCUGAGGAAAUCCAACUUCUUCCACUUCGUGCUGGCCAUGUACGACCGGCAGGGGCAGCCCGUGGAGAUCGAGCGCACCUCCUUCGUGGACUUCGUGGAGAAGGAGAGGGAGCAGAACGGCGAGAAAACCAACAACGGGAUCCAUUACCGCCUGCAGCUGCUCUACAGCAACGGGGUACGCACCGAGCAGGACCUCUACGUGCGCCUCAUCGACUCCAUGUCCAAGCAGGCCAUCGUGUACGAGGGGCAGGACAAGAACCCCGAGAUGUGCCGGGUGCUGCUCACCCACGAGAUCAUGUGCAGCCGCUGCUGCGACAAGAAGAGCUGCGGGAACCGCAACGAGACGCCGUCGGACCCCGUCAUCAUCGACAGAUUUUUCCUCAAGUUUUUCCUUAAGUGCAACCAGAACUGCCUGAAGAACGCAGGGAACCCCCGGGACAUGCGGCGCUUCCAGGUGGUGGUGUCGACGACGGUGAGUGUGGACGGCCACGUGUUGGCCGUGUCUGACAACAUGUUUGUGCACAACAACUCCAAGCACGGCCGGCGGGCACGGCGCCUCGACCCCGCCGAAGCCGCCCCCUGCAUCAAAGCCAUCAGCCCCAGUGAGGGUUGGACCACGGGCGGCGCCACCGUCAUCCUCAUCGGGGACAACUUCUUCGACGGGCUGCAGGUGGUCUUCGGCUCCGUGCUGGUGUGGAGUGAGCUCAUCACACCCCACGCCAUCCGCGUGCAGACCCCCCCCCGGCACAUCCCCGGCGUGGUGGAGGUGACGCUGUCCUACAAAUCCAAGCAGUUCUGCAAAGGGGCGCCGGGGAGAUUUGUGUACACCGCACUGAAUGAGCCCACCAUCGACUACGGCUUCCAGCGGCUGCAGAAGGUCAUCCCAAGGCACCCCGGGGACCCCGAGCGCCUCCCCAAGGAGGUGCUGCUGAAGCGCGCGGCCGACCUGGUGGAGGCUCUCUAUGGGAUGCCACACAACAACCAGGACCUCAUCCUGAAGCGCGCGGCCGACAUCGCCGAGGCGCUCUACAGCGUCCCCCGCGGCCCCGCGCAGCUCUCCUCGCUCGGCACGGCGCACGGCCCCGCUGCCAUGGUGGGCGUCAACUCCUUCGGCACUCAGCUGGCCGUCAGCAUCGGGGAUGCGGCGCAGGGCCCUGAGCAAGGGUACACCCGCAGCACCGGCAGCGCGUCCCCGCGGGGCUACGUGCCCACCUCCACGCCGCAGCAGAGCGCCUACGGGGGCAGCUCCGGCAUCAACGGCUACGGGGGCAGCGCUAUGGCCGGCCUGGGGGUGCCGGGCUCGCCCAGCUUCCUCAACGGCUCCACCGCCAACUCGCCCUACGCCAUCGUGCCCGCCAGCCCCCCGCUGGGCGCCUCCUCCAUCUCACUCCCGUCCGGCACCGCCGCCUCCGCCCCGCCCGGGGGUUUCUCGUUCUCUCCGGUCAAUAUGAUCUCGGCCGUCAAGCAGAAAAGCGCCUUCGCUCCCGUGGUGCGGCCGCAGAGCUCCCCGCCGCCCGCCUGCUCCAGCACCAGCGGGGGCAGCCUGCAGGACGCAGCCUUUGAGGACUCAGACAAGUUCCACACCCCGGCGCGGUCUCUCCAAGGCCUGGCCUAUUCCUAAGCACACCGUGCCUGGGCUCCUCGUGCCACCCCGAGACGUGGAUGGGACGGAGCGCAGCCCCUGCCUGGGGCUGGGGGCCGAGGGGUCGGGACCUCCCAGUCCAGCUGCCCGCGGUGCUAUGGGGCAGCGGGGUGAUGCCGCGUGGGGCCCACGGGAGGGGGCGGCGGGGUCAGAUCGGGGCUCUGCCGCGUCAGUGAACCAAACCCCCCGAGUUUAGCUCCGAAACACCCCGUAACUGUGGGGUGGGGUGAUCUGCGGUGGGGCUGUCUGCGGUGGGACACCCCACAGAGGUGCUCCGUGGUGGGAAGCUCCGCUGUGGGGCAGUUGGGGGCGGGAUGCCCCACAAUGGGAUGUUCUGGGGUGGGACACUGCGUGGUGGGGUGCUCCGUGGUGGGAUGUGCCAUUGUGGGGUGCUCCAUCAUGGGGUGCUCCAUGGUGGGAUGUUCCAUCAUGGGAUGUUCCAUCAUGGGAUGCUCCCUUUGGGAUGCUUCGUUUUGGGACAGGCCAUCAUGGGAUGCUCCAUCAUGGGAUGCUCCCUUUGGGAUGCUCCGUGUUGGGAUGCUCCAUGUUGGGAUGUUCCAUCAUGAGAUGCUCCCUUUGGGAUGCUUCAUUUUGGGACGGGCCAUCAUGGGAUGUUCCAUGGUGGGAUGCUCCACAGUGGGAUCUUCCAUCAUGGGAUGUUCCAUCAUGGGAUGCUCUCUUUGGGAUGCUUCGUGUUGGGACAGGCCAUCGUGGGAUGCUCCAUGAUGGGAUGCUCCAUGUUGGGAUGUUCCAUCAUGAGAUGAUCCAUCAUGGGAUGUUCCAUCAUGAGAUGAUCCAUCAUGGGAUGCUCCAUGUUGGGAUGUUCCAUCAUGGGAUGUUCCAUCCUGGGAUGCUCCCUUUGGGAUGCUCCAUGUUGGGAUGUUCCAUCACGGAGCGCUCCCUUUGGGGAUGCUCCCCAGUCGGCCAUCCCAUGGCGCAUCUCCCCCUGGCGGGUCGCCCCAUCUGGCCCUGCCCCCCCCCCCCCCCCAGCUCACCGCCACCCCCACUCCAGAUGUGCAUUUCCAGCUGUGCAGCCGCCCACCACAGUUGCAGGGCCGGGGCCACGCGGGGCCGUGUCGGGACGCCCGGCUGGGGGGCACACACACACACACACACACCCCCCAUGCAGGCAGAGCCCCCCAAUGGGGCACGCAGCACUUUGCCCCCCCCUCCGUCAGCCCCACCAGCAGCCGGAGCCCCCCAGACGCAGCUGCAGCUCUUCUCCCGUCAUUAUUGCUCCAAUCCCUAUUAAUAAUAACGGUAGUUUUAGUGACAGGUGAGGGCGGGGGGCUCCGUUGGGCCCUAUGGGAGCCCCCCAUCCUGGCACUGCACCCCCCCUCCAGCACUUCCAGGUGGGGGGUGCCACCUCCAUUAAGGGGGAGCAGUCAAGUUUUGUAAAUAAAGGAAAUGAAACAGAAUCCCCCCCCCUCCCCCCCAUGGAGGGGACCCCCCCCCCCCUCCGCCAUGUGUGCCACCCCCCUCCCCAGCUCCUGCCCUGCCCGGGAUGGGGGUCUGGGCUGAGGGACCCCCAGCGCCCGUCCCCAUCCCGCUGUGGGGCUCAGGACGGCGAUGUCCCCAUGGGGUCUGCAUCCCCGGCACGGCGGUGGCACUGGGGGGG